AUGGAGUGGACAAACCGGUUCACCCGUUCUUUGGACUAUUGGUUCACCGGCUGCCAAGUAACCACCCUGGCCGAAGCCACCCAGCUCAUUCUUCUCGAGCACUUCUAUGAACUCUCCCCGCCAGAGGUAAAAGAGUGGGUCAGGGAUUGGAAGCCCGAGACAGCCGACCAAGCUGCCGUCCUGACCGAUCAGUUCCUGGAUGCUCGUAGUCAGGUACGACUUGAGCCUCGCCUGGAUCAACCACGGCAGCCGGACCAGCAUACACGGACGGCGGCCAUACUGCAGGAGGGCAUACAGCACAGAACGGGCUCCAAAUUUCUACAGGAGAGCCAGCGCAGGGAGUGCAGUCGGCAGAGGCUUCAACAGCAAUCCUUUGAGAUUCCGGAGGAUUCAAAAAAGGAUGUGGCCAAAAAGGAAGAAGAUGAAAGAAAAAAACGUUAUAGGAAAUUACCAAAGACACUCACAAAUUGGUUCCAGGCCUUUGUGAUCUAUGCAAGCGUUUUUUCUGGUAGGUUCCCGGAGCAAGGUGGUUCCUUGUUCUGCUACCUGGAUGAGAUUGCGGCUGCUCAGAGAACAUACGGUGGUAUGGCCUGGUGGUCCUAUGAUGAACAGUUUUGGCAACGGCUGUCUGUUAAGCCGGAGAUGAAGGUUGAUUUAUUAACUGAUGGUCUCAAUUCCCUUAAAACAGAGAAUGAGACUAUAAAAGCUUAUAUUAGGGAUGUGGUUGACAAAAGAAUUUCUGGCUCUGAGCCCCAAGUUAGUCCCCCAGAAAAAUUCCAUGGGGAUAGAUCCCAGUAUAGAGAAUUCAAAAACGCAUGCUUGCUUAUGUUUGCAUUAAAACCUCAUACCUAUCCUACUGAUAGGGUGAGGGUUCUUACUACGAUAUCAUACUUAAGGGGUGAACCCCGUACUUGGGCGAAUACAUUCUUUGAGAACAAUGAAGAAAUCUUAAACUCAUUAGAGAAUUUUUUCACUGCUAUGGGUCAGCUGUAUGAGGACCCAUACAAACAGCUUACUGCAGAAACAGCCAUGAGAGGUUUGAGACAGAAAAAGAGGGUUGUAGAAGACUACAUCACCGAAUUCAAGAAAUGGGCAAAAGAUUCACAGUGGAACAACUUAUCAUUGCGGAACCAGUUUAGAUUGGGUUUGUCUGACCCUAUUAAAGAUGAACUUUCACGAAUAGAUCUACCUUCUACACUAGAAGAUUUGAUGACCCUGUCCAUCACCAUAGAUAGACGCCUCCGGGAAAGGCAGCAAGAGAGGUCUUCACAUGAUUUCUCUUACAAAAAACAAGUUACUACCUCACAUACUACUUCCUCUACUAAAAUCUUGGCUGAACCUAUGGAUAUAGGAUUCGUAAAAGGUCCUCUUUCUCCCCAAGAGAAACUCAGACGACGCAACUUAAAUCUCUGCCUAUAUUGUGCUUCUGACGAUCACACAGUAAAAGAUUGUCCAUCCCUUCUCAGACAGAACAAGGUGGGAACAACAGCGGGCCAGCGCAUCCGCGAUAGUUGAUUCUGGAGCCACUGCUUCAUACAUAGAUAAGGAGUAUGUCACUGUAAAUAAAAUACCGCUAACCCAGAAAAA